AUGUCUAAUAUCAUGCAAUCGUUGGAGAACCAAAUGAGCUUCCUCUUCUUGCACCCUUUUACUUUCCUACCAUUGUUCUUGUUAUUCUUAUGCCCCCUUUACAAAAUCCUCUUCAGCAACCACAAAACCCGAAAACACCUGCCACCUUCGCCAUCAAAACUGCCAAUCAUCGGAAACUUCCACCAAAUCGACAAAAAACUACCACACCGAUCACUGCAUGCUUUAGCCAAACAACAUGGCGAUGUCAUGUUGCUUCACUUUGGCCGAAGCCCUGUCCUCAUAGUCUCAUCAGCAGAGGCAGCUUGUACGAUCAUGAAAUCUCAUGAUACUAUCUUUGCAGACAGGCCUGCUUUAAGCAUGUUCAAGAGGCUUCUGUACGACUGCAGAGAUGUAGCAACAGCACCUUAUGGUGAUUAUUGGAGGCGAGUGAGAAGCAUAUGUGUCAAUCAACUCCUAAGUUACAACAGAGUACAGGCAUUCCGCGUUGUCAGAGAAGAAGAAAUAGCACUUAUAGUCCAAGAGAUUAGGAGGUCGCCAACAGCAGUGAACUUAAGUAAGAUGUUUUCUAAGUUUGCAACUGAUGUGAUAUGCAGGGCGGCUUUUGGGAUGAAGUUUAAUGGAGAAAGAGACGGGAUCAACUUCAUGGAAUUGCAUGAAAAGCACGAAGAGCUAGUAGGCAGAAUCAAUGUAGGUGAUUUUAUCCCUUGGCUAGGUUGGAUUAAUCAUGUAAAUGGUGUGGAGCGCGAUGUUAAGACAGUAACUAGGGAUAUGGAUAGGUUUCUUCAACGCUUAGUCCAAGAGCAUAUGGAUGCGUUAAGGAAAAUACAAGGUAUAGAUCAAGGGGCUAACUAUGAGAACACCAAAGACUUUGUAGAUGUUCUCCUUGGCCUGCAACAAGAUCAUACAGCCGAAAUAAGCCUUGACAAGGACAACAUCAAAGCCAUUGUAUUGGACAUGUUUGUAGCUGGAUCCACAACAACUUUCGCAACACUAGAAUGGGCCAUGUCGGAACUUCUAAGGAAUCCUUCGAUCAUGGAAUCACUCAAGAAAGAGGUGAGAGGAAUUACCAAAGGUAAAACAAACAUAACAGAGAAUGAUCUUGAGAAAAUGGAGUACUUGAAAGCAGUAAUCAAGGAGACUUUUAGGCUACAUCCUCCAGUUCCUUUGUUACUGCCUCGCAUAUCAUCUCAAGAAACUCAACUCAGUGGCUAUGACGUACCUGCUAGAACACAAGUCAUCAUCAAUGCAUGGGCUAUUCAUAGAGAACCGACCUUUUGGAAAGAAGCUGAAAAAUUCAAUCCCGAGAGGUUCUUGAAUUCUCCCAUAGAUUUUAAGGGGCAUCACUUCAAUUUGAUUCCGUUUGGAUCAGGAAGGAGGGGAUGCCCGGGAAUUUUAUUUGGCACCGCAAACUUAGAGCUUGUAAUAGCAAAUCUCAUACAGAAGUUUGAUUGGGCGUUGCCAGACGGAAAGAACUUGGACAUGGAGGAACACCCUGGACUUACAACUCACAGGGAGACUCCUCUGAUGGCCAUAGCAACUCCUCAUUUUACUUAGAAAAUGUUUAAUGCAGCAAAAUAAAUACCGAGAACUCUG